AUGGAUGCUGACCAUGGUGAACUGCGAAUCACUACUGGAGACGGAACUACCGUUGUCACAGCCUGCUUUAUCAUGGGUGUUGACAAAAGGGCCACCAUCACUAGAGGCUGGAGUGACUUCUUCCAUCAGGCGCACAUGGAUAAAGGUCAAGUAUAUGCUUUUGACUUCAAAUGCACUUCCAAGGGACUGCGCCUGAUCGUCUACUCGAUAUAA